AUGGACAAGUUUGUUACUGUCGUCAAGCCAUCAACCGGUCGUGGCAUGGAUAACGACAAGCAGAAGCAACGGGCAACAUACAAGUAUAACCCAUACGGCGUAAGCAAAGCAAACGAGAGGAAGUUCGAGCAGUGGAAAGACAAGAAGAGGACCGAAAAGAUCGUUGCUCCUUUAUUGAAGAAUGGUGCUAAGACCUCUGGGUCUGCACUCACAAAACAUCUUCUGAACACACUGACGGACCAAUCAAAUCCUAUCACUCACUCUGACAUGUACCAACGCUCAGAUCAUAUCACUUCAGCAGCAACAGGCCACCAGCGCUCCGAUGGUCGAGGACAUCAGAAGAAUUAUUGGGAAUUACGCACCAGCAAACUUGCCGAACAGCUCCCCGUACGAUCAACCAGCUCCGAAACCAAAGUGUUGCAGAAUGUCUCCGUGUACAUCAAUGGAUAUUUGAACGAUACAACGGAUAUUGAAAUGAAAAGAAUUGUUACGUUGGCAGGCGGCAAUGUCAAACAUACAGCCGCGGGUGCCACGCAUAUUCUUACCUCACAGCAACUAAGUGCAUGCAAGACGCAUAAGCUACUCACGACUCGUAGCAAGACAAGAAUGUGCGUCGUCAAGCCGGAAUGGGUAAUGGAUAGCAUCAAGGCUGGAAUGCGGCUGCCAGAGAGAGAAUAUUCGGUUAUCGAAGACAAAACAGUCAUGAGUUUGACGGAGAUGUUAGGAGCUGGUUCAACUUCUCGUUCGUGCUAUCCUCCUUCUGCUGCACUUUUAGCCGCUGGCCAAGAGUACCUUCCCAAUUCCCAAGAGCUGUCACGGUUGACGUAUUAUGCCUCUAAUCGUCCUGGAAAAAUAAACAAGCUGAGCAACGAACUGGAGAAGAAAGCGAGGGCAGAUUGCAGAAAGGCACAAGCUGGAAACACUCGGGCACGAGCGACGUUACUUAUCACACUGUACAUCUUCAAAGCACUGGCAACGGAAUGUCGUCGCGACAUAUCCUUGCUUACUUCCUCUCUUAUGUCGGCAGUGAAGAUAACACUCUGCGCACUAUCGUCGGACCUCGAAGUUGCAGCUAGAGCGGCCAAUGUGUUCACUGCUUGGACCACGUUCACCGACGGGCAUCUCAUUGGAGUAGACAGGGAUGUCACGCAAGACUAUCUAGCAUGUCUAGAGAGCUUUUCCGCGAUGGGCACGAAAAGGUCGGAUGACGCGGAGAUCCGGAACAGGACACGGCUUGUGGGCUUAGCUGCACUUACGGCCGCUGUAAAUUCAGAUGCACUGUUCCAUUCAAUCACUCAGUUCAAGACCCAAGUGUCUACGAUGAUGCCUGCACUGUUGGCACCUCUGCUGGAAGUCGAUACUAAUCUUUUGGAGUUUGAAGCGAUAGAAGUUAAGGAACAACCAACCUCUACACUUCUUGACGAGUUUCAGACACUCCCCGCGUUGGAGAGACGCGCCGCAUCUAUCCAUCUGCACGUAGAUGGUGACAAGGGGCCUUCUUCUGGGGAUGUGACGAAUACAUCGCUACGUGCCCUCUCUUCAUUAUUGGCCCACUCAAACGGCAGUCAGGUUUCGACAAUUAUGACAGCUGCUCUGGAAUUUUUAGACGACUCCGGAGGCUGGGGCAAAGUCAACAAUUGCCAGUGGUUUGCGGAAAAGGGCGCGGAAUGGACCCAAUACCAGUAUCGGUAUGCAGUUCCAACACGGCUCGUGGAGUGUCUUAUCGAAAGUCAAGAUGCGCCACAGGCUACUUCGCGCCACAGCACCUUACUGGCUAUGAUCACCGCUGUUUUCAUCUCACCUGUUCCACUGGUUAAUCUGUCGACAUCCGAUAUCAUCUCAAGCCUUAUCACACUGAUCUUCCGGAGAAUUUCCAUUGAGCCGCAGGACGGGUUGCUCUCACCACUCGUGGAAUGUAUAGCCUCGCUGGGGACACAUGUUUACUAUGCCGAUCAGAUUCAGGACCUUGCUGGAGAGCUGAUCAGUAGGCUCGUGUUGGUCAACACAAACGGACUUCCGGGAAGGGCCACCUUUGAAAAGGGUCGUGUACAAGCUGUGCGGUGUCUACUGUCUGGUCUGCUAGGCCUCCUUCAUUCUGCAGAUAUGCAUGACGCAGCCGACACGAAUGAGACAGAUGACAAGAAAGAAAUCCGUACGACUAGCACUAGUCCGAAUCCCCCUUCCUCCUCAAACCCUGCUCUCCGUGAGGCGCAUGUUCGACCUUCCCGGCGUACAAGAAUUUCACCCGAAAUAUGGCAUGACACCCUCGUUUUACUCUGCGAUCAUGAAUACACCGUACGAGCUGAUUACGCCGUUGCGCUCGUCUCAUAUUUGCGGAACGAGAUCCCAAGAUUGGGCGAGCAGGCGGAUUCAGAUGGCAUCAAACGCCUCCGACCACUCCAGGAAGGUCACUCAGAACUGUCAAACACCAUGACCGCUAUGAUAUACGGUGACGCUACCACGAGGUUCCUGAAUGCGCUGCAUGCGUAUGCGUAUGCGUUGAUUACCUCAUCCGCCAUUGGCUUUCACCGUGGUUCUCCUUCGUCAUCUCCCGAACGUCACAUCGAUGGAAAUGCGUCCGCAGCUCGAGACGAGAGUGCUAGCGGGGAAUCUCCACGCUCCCGUGACAACAUUCGAAACUCGACGAACGUCACAACGAGCUCCCGCAAAACUUCGAUUAUUCUUCGUGCGCUGCAGAAGGUACCGACACGUUUGUCGCCAACCUCUCCUCCCGCUUCCACCCUGUCGGACUACGGCAAUGUGCUCGCUAUACUCACUGCAGUCCACGAGAGUCUUCCCUUGCGAGCACUUCUGACUGGUACUCCGAUGUUGUUGGCACUCGACAGCGCAAGUCGCAUAGACGGUGACACCACCGCGCCAAACCUUCCGCUGUUCAAAGCAGUCAAGCAGGUGGUCGACAAAGCAUGGGUAACAAUUGGCAAGGUGUGGAGUUGUUCGGAGGUGGUAGCGAUGGCUGAACAGCACAUGUCCGCCGUCGCAGAACUGUUUCUGCCAAGUCUCCCGGACAUGCAGCCCAGCACUUUUGAACUUCCACGGAAACCUAUUCUCUUCACGAGUGAAGCAUCAAGUAGUGGAACGUUGACUUGCCUGGACACUCAAGCGUUGCUAAUAGCACUGGCGUCGAACCCCAAUGUGCAAGAAGCUACCGGUCUGGAUCAACAAAGCUUACUGCGCAGACUCGCUAUGCCAUGGACCGCUGAAUCUGCUUUCAGAGAGUCGCUGGAGACUAGACCCAACUACGAUGCUCUUCAAGAUGCCCUUUCCCCGUUGAUUAAGGUGGCGCCGACGCUUAUGCACAUCGAGAAUCUGUCACUGCAGAGUCUUGCACGCUCGACACGAGGGAUGGGUGUCACCGAUCUGAGGGAGGCGUUGGAGGGCCGCAGCAGUGUCUCAAAUCCCAACCUAGUGAACGCAGCACCAUCGAUAUCGACUCUCGACCAUACAUCGUCCAUGAUGCCGGGUGAUUCACCUUACAAACUCACACCAACGCGGUCUCGGCCACAACGAAACAAGCUGGCUGGUCCAGAAGUUCGCGACAUGUUGAACAAGCUCGGCAUUGGUAACAAGCAAAACGGAACCUCACAGUUGAAGUCGUCCUUCCCUUCCCUACAGAAACCACGACAACUCUCACCUGCGUUUAGUCCACCAUACAAAACAUAG